GACCAAUUUCCAUGUCUCUUUAACAGGCUGUUUAAAAUGUUCUUGUCUUUGAAAAAUGCUGAAUAAAUUCAGACAUUUACACUGUUGCUCAUGAAAAAUCGGACCACGACUUGUUUUCUGGUAAACUGAGAUUCAGCCUUAUUCCUGUAACACGGAAACGUAACGUACAGUCUGGUGGUAAUGAGCAAUAAGUGGCUAUAAUUGCAUAGUAUUGUCAGAUCUUCCAGAGUGAAGUCUCUGCUUUGUCUGUCUACUCAAAGGCACCCUGUAUCUGCAGCUCUGGCUAAAUAUAACCUUCAACCUCCAUAAAGUCUGGAGCAGUCGUCAUCAAUAGAAACAGUGUGAGGCUGAACACUGCCCCCUCAGCCGUAUCGCCAUCGUGUCCAGCCGCCACUGAAUUAUGACCCACGUCACACUGGAGCGCGCCUUGUCCUCUCAAGUUGACCUUUCAGGGAACGCAGAACGUUCUGUCUGCUCUCAGUCGGCAAGAAUUUACAGAAAAUCUUUGACAAAUUACUUUAAGUUUAACUUGAAUCCAGCCUCGCUUCACUGAUACACGGUGAUAAAUGUCAGGAGAAGCAGCACUUAAUGACCCCGAUUUCAACAUGUUUCUCUUCUGUGGCCUCAGGAUUUGCUAAGAGAAACAAAGUCUGCCUGAUCCCCUCCUUUCCAUAAUAAAUAACCUGCUAACAAUUACAAACAGCUCUUGUCUGGGGCUGCCAUGCCCUGCAGCCACAGACACUUCCACUCCUUACAUCCUGACAUGUAUAGUAACGCAGCGGAGUUCUUCUUUAACUUAAAUGUAGUGAAGAUUCGUCUUGAUAUGGCCUCUGGCGCAGCUUAACCUGCUCAGGCGCUUAAGGCUCAGUCACAUCAAAGGAAAGUUUUACUUGCUUUCAUUUUAUAGAAACGUGUACCGGCUGACUCCCUAACAUGUUGGUUUUCCUUUGGAAAUCCUUUGACUGUAUUUCUUUACAGCAUGUUUCGCCAUUCUUUGAGUUGGAAAGCAAAAACCUAACACCAGUAUCAAUCAAUAGUUAAAAACAUUUUCCUCGUGUAUUAAUAAUGGGCUCAUGUCACUAGUUUUCAUCUGACGUGAAGGUUAUGAUGACUUUUAGGUUUAUGACAGUUUCGACGUGCCAUAUUAAUAUUGACCGAUCAUCCAAUAAGGUGGGCUCAUACAUAUUUAAAGAAAUAUGUCCAAUGCCAAUAUGUAAAAUAAGUGCAAUUGGCGGAGUCACAGUGAGACUUUAAAACACGAGAACUGUCAAGCAUGGUGGUGGCAGCAUCAUGCCAUGGAGUUCUGUUACUUUAAAUGCUCAUUUUAUAUAAUUAAUUAGUCCCAGCUUAAUCUGCUCUUCAUGAAUAAUCUGAAAAUGGUGAAAACAAGAUGAAGAGUAAGCUUUCCUUGCUGGCUGCCGUCAAUAUUAGCCUAUCAUCUCUUUAUGAGUUUAGCAUUUGCAUUAGCAAAAUGCGUGGUGGCGAUCCCGUCACAUUUGGUACAUUUCUGUUAUUUUGCCAGUUUGAAAUUUGGUAACUGGUGUUUUCCACAACCACCCGCUGUGAAAACCCAGUGAACCGGCCGGGCUUUUCAUCGAGUUUAUGUAAUGCAACAUCGAGCGCUGCUGUGUGGGAGCAUUAGAUGUAGCUCGCGAUGUAUCCUAGUCGUAAACAAACUUUGAUCGCGCGCUCGGAGAACAGAGGGAGGCAGUGCCGAGGCAGUGGGGCGCAGGAUCAGAUGCUGCUAACUGUAAAUACUCUUUUCACCAGGAUGGUGCUGAGUGACCAGCUCCUCCGUGGGACUGGGAGUAUUUCGAGCAUUACAAACCGACGAGCCGCAGCUUGUACUGCCAUCAGGCAUCUCUGGAAUUUUGUUUAUACGUCCAUCCCUCUGUCUCAGUCCCGGUACUGAACCGGUUGUCCACGAGGGUUUUUAUGUUCCCUCUUCACACUGAAGUGUUUCACUGAAAGGUUUUCUUUCACUAUGAGAGGCCUGGUUACAAUAUAUAAAGAGACGGUCCUCGAAGCCCUCAGCGUGAGGGCUUUGUUCUUCUUACACGCUUAAGUUAAUUGGUGAUUUUGCAGCUUUGGAGAGGAGUUGCCGUCGCUGACGUCUGUUCAGUAUUCAACAAAACUUCUUAGUUUGAAACAUAUUUUUCAGCAGAUGGAAGGAAAAGUGCACGGUUCGAAGAGCUCCUCUCACUUCCAAACCAGCUCAGCAGAGCUCUAUAAGAAGAAUGAAUAAACACACACACACACACACACAACACUUUUCAAUUAGACCGUAGCUGUUCAAGGCCGGCAUUGCUUUGAUCUGUGCACGUGUGCAUGAGUGUGUGAGAGAUUUAAGGAGGUGUGUUGCAUCUCGGGGGGGCCCCUCGUCUGGUCUGGUCCGCGGCUGUAAAUCUUGCUCCGUCUCCGGGUUUACUCUGGGCCCGUAAACUUGAAGGCAAUUACGGAAAAACAAGCGGGAUGCGAGAUUUCUUCAGUCCCACAGGAUUUGUGGUCACGGCCUAAAUGGAUCGCCGCUCUGUCCGUACCCAAAGCGAAUAUAGCUUCGCCUCAAUCCACCUCGGCUCCGAGCUCAGCUUCCCGUCGAGCAUCGAUUGGCUUCUUGGGUGCGUUCUGCACGACGAACAAACUUAGUAAAUAAAUGAGACUAAGAAUACCACGCCCGACCUUGACCGAUGGCCAUUAGGCUGUUCACGCUCAUUAUUUAUUUACGUGAAAUCAACCGCAUUGAUUCGUGCACACUCAGCAAGAUCUGACCACACUUACUUUUAACACGUCUUACUUGGACACAAAAGGAUUUGAUAAAUCAGCUUCUCCAAAAAAAAAAAAAAGGGCACUUGUUCUCCCUUAGUGUCGUAUAAUAUCCUAUUAUAAACAUUAUCAUUGAUUAUGAGGUUUGGUCUUUAUUUUACUGGCUUAUUAGUAGCCGGAUGCUUCAGUGGAAAGUUUCAUAUUGGGGAGGAAAUGGGACCUCAUGAAUAUAAACAUGAGCAGCUUGGGCUGCUUUGAUCUGGGCCUGGCUGAGAGUCCUGAAUAGAGUGGGCUGGAGUUGCACAGCUCUCUCUCUCGCUCUCUCACUGCCUAUUUUAACCAUUUACAUAAUUGUUAUAACUGUCCUGGCCAGCAGUGUGAGGUGCUCAAUAACAGUGAAUUGUGCUGCAAGUGAGAGGAGAUAACCAGAGUGGAUACAAAACAGGAGCUUUAAUGUACGAAAGAGCGGACCAGCUUUAGCUAAGCGAGCGUGUUGUUAGGGUUAGUUUGUGUUCACUGAGCCAAAGUGCCUCCAGGCGGGCAGCAGGACGGUCCUCUCCUUGCUUGGGAUGAGCCCACUUAUGAUCUUUGAUGCACAGAGAAAACUGCCUAAGCAUCCUUGACCGUCUUUUAGAGGUUCAAGAUGAAAGUAAUGGCCAUAAUCUACUUUCUGCUGCUAACAAGUUUCCAAACAUAAGAAGGGCUUUUCAUUUUCUAUUGUUAUUUGCAUCUUUUAUGCAGGAAAUAAAAUGUUUGGUUAGAUUACGAUUCCAACAAAGGAUCUGCACAUGGUGCUUAUUGCUGUGUGAAACAACUACACAGGACACAUGGGUGCAAAGUCCAAAGUUACAGCUCGAUUUUUGAACAUUUGCCUCAUGUCCUUCUCCCCUGUUCUUGUUCCAAACUUUUCCGCUGUAUUUGCUUUCCAAAGUUACAUUUUUUAGAGUAAAAUGCACACUUAUUUUCUGAAUUCAAUGCCAAAUAAGCAAUUUUACAGCCACAAAUUGUAAAUAUGUUGAACGUACGAAAGACAAAUAAAUCAACAUACGCUUAUCAAUUAUGUUUGGAAGAAAGUGAGAAAUUUAAAGUGCAUUUUUCUUACAUAAAACAGCUUUUUAAGGCCUCCGAAACAGAUAUUGACUCCAUAGGUAAAAAAAAUUGCUACCAUUGGUUCUGAAAGUUUGUAACUGUCUAAAUCUGUAAACAGAAAAUACAGAUUGUUUGGGCGCUGAAAACAACUUUUUUAGCAGGAUUAGGACGAAGCCACUCACUGGCGACACGGACAAAGGAUGAGGUGAACAUAUUGUUACAGACAUCAAGCAUAAAGAAAAAGUGGUUGAACAAGUCAAAAUAAAAACUCAAGAAGAGACUAGGUUUCUCCUCAACCUCCAAAAACAGUGUCUCUACACUUUUGCCUCCAGAAUUAGGGAACUAACCCAAGGCUGAGGGAAAAGGACACAGCACAGUUUGCGCCACGGUUGCUCCCUGGGCGUCAAACCAGUGGGCUGAAUCUGAACGGAGACCUUUGUUUCCCUCUCAGUCAUAUUUAUAGUCGGAAACAGAGCUGUAUGCCAGUGCGUGUUUUAUGGUCUCCGGUAGUUUAUGACUGCUGGCGGUGUUUAUGCACGGGAACAGAGAGGGUCAAAAGGAUAAAAUCAAUAGCGCACCUUAAUGAGGUUGACUGAAAAGAAGGGAAGGAGGGGAUGUGUGGGUGAUCAGAAAGUGAGAGGAAUCAGAGGGGUGACGGGAGGAAACAAUGCCUGGUGUGUGGGGGGUGAAGAGGCUCUUAGGGCUUUCAGAUCUCUUUACCUCCCCUCAGCCUCUCGUAAUCAAUGGCAACCUCGGUCCAAACUCUUCCCGUGACGCGUGGUCCCACCCAAAACUUCCGCAGCCCUUUCCCCUCCUCUCCCCUCUCCUCACUCUGCGGCAUGGGAAGCGUAGGAAGUCUGGUGGAGAAGCCAGAUGUGUCUCCGACUAAAGGCAACCGCGCGGUGCCUCAGGUGAGACCCAGACAAACCAACGGCCUGCUGAAGAAAGGCCUGACCCAGAGAGAGCUACUGAACUACCUCAACAUCACCAGGAAAGAGCCCAAAGCAGGGCCGAGCGGCGACGGCAAGAGGGACGUCAUCAGAGGCCUGGUGGAGGAUGACGUCUUCGCCAAAGUCUACAGUAAAGAUGGCACUGAAAUAGACCUGACUAAAAACUCACUGCCAAGCGGGGGCAAGUACGAAAAGGUUCGGUUCAGGUCUUCUGCAUUCAAACCCGUCACACCUAAAAACUUCAGCUCCAUGCAAAACCUCUACCCCUCCUCCAAGUCGGAGGAUGUGGAUCACGGCCUUUCCAAUGGACUGCACAGAGCAUACGGCCACAUCUCCAAAACAGUCUCCACCUCCUCUUCAUCUUCCUCACCCUCCCGUCAUGGAGGACCGACAUCAUGUGGUAACAAGGCCAUCUCCUCGGUGCAAGUGAUGAGUCACGAGGAUGACAACCUGUCAGACUCAGGUCAUAACUCCAUGAGCAGUCUGCCGCCGUACCGCCCUCCGUUCCGUCCACAUCUGUCUCACAUCAGCGCUUCCAUGGGCCACAUCAACACCAUCGGCUCCUUAGAUCGAACCUCUCAGGGCCUGAAGGCCGCCGGGUCAGGGGGCGUGGCUAUGGGGGAGGUAGCAUGCCGAAGCAUGGCUACCCUAAACCGCCUGACCCCCUAUGGCAGCGAGGCUCCGCCUCCUUAUGAAUGGACGCUGUCCCUCUCGGUGGAGGACGUGGUGCGGGAUCUGGAGGAGCGCCUGGUGGAAAAAGAACAUGAACUAAAACAGAUGAGGAGGAACCUGGACGAGAGCGAGGGCGCCAUCGCUCAGGUGUUUGAAGGGAAGCAGCGUCUGUGGGAGAAGGAGGUGGAGGAGCUGAAGCGCCUGUACGCCGCUAAGCUGCGUCAGGUCUCGCAGCACGCCCAGCGCUCCCAGCGCAGCAUGCAGUUGGAGCUGUUUAGGGCCCAGCAGGAGAAGAAUCGCCUGCAGGAGGAGCUCGACGGCCUGAAGCGGGACGCGGUCCGGGACGUCACGGCCGUGCCGAAGCCGACCAGUCCGACUCUAGAGGAGACACGGUGGGAGGUUUGUCAGAAGUCAGGGGAGAUCUCGUUGCUGAAGCAGCAGGUGAGGGACUCCCAGGCAGAAGUGACCCAGAAGCUGAGCGAGAUUUUCAAGCUGAAGACGCAGCUGAGGGAAACCCGGACGGAGCUGCGCAACAGGGAGGCCCAGAUAGACGCUCUGAACAUCAUCCUGCAGGGGACGCGGCGUGGCAAGUGUUCCUCCACCGGAGAAAGCAAAAAAGGAGCCGAAGAGAGUCCAUCAGCAGGAGCAACAGGCGGCUCUGGGGGUCCCACAGAAGAGCGUCUGCGAGCGGAGCUGCUGCUGGAGCGGCGUCAGAGCGAGGCCCAGGCCACGGCCUUCGAGGAGGAGAGGAACACGUGGCAGACGGAGAAAGACAAGGUCAUCCGCUACCAGAAGGAGCUGCAGGCCAGUUACUUGGAGAUGUAUCACCGCAACGAAGCCCUGGAGAGGGAGCUGCAGCAGCUGAGGGCGGGUGGGGCGCGGGAAGGAAGGGGAGGCGGAGGAGGAGGAGAAGGAGGGAGCAGAGAUGGGACAACUGAGAAGGAGGCGAAGGAGCCGACAGCUGACAGAGCAGCAGGAAAACAAGAAGAUACAACUUCCUCGAGCCUGCCGUGGAUAGACAGGAUUGAAUCGUCUGAAAUUUGA